AUGUGUGUGUUUAUUUCAGGUGAUGGUGAGUUGUACACCUCUGGGUGCAACGACAACUGGCAGUUGGGUCGCCGUACACCCGGCAGCACCAGCUCCGCUCGUCCCACUCACGUGACAGCACUGGAGUCGUACAACGUGGUGGCGGCGGGCUGUGGCGCCACACACACCUUGGCACUCACCGACCAGGGUGCCGUCCUAGGUUGGGGCGGCAAUGAGUACGGACAGACGGGGAGCGGCAGUGAGGGGGCUGACCAGCACCAGCCGCGACAUAUCAAGGGUCUAGCGGACCAGAGAGUGGUUGCUGCGGGGGAGAAUCACAGCGCGGCUUUGACCGCUGAUGGGCGGCUGUAUACCUGGGGUCGCGGGAAGCACGGACAGCUGGGUCAGGGGGACUGGGCUAACCGACAUCGCCCCGUACUGGUGACGUCAUUGAGGGGGAUACGCGCCAAGCAGGUCUCCGCGGGCUCGCGGCACUCCCUGGUGCUGACGACCACUUCCCAGGUCUUUGCAUUCGGCAACAACGACUUUGGGCAGGUACGACGUACGGCAGAAGACGGGAGAUGGCCGUACGACCGUACGCUCUAG